CAAGUUAUGUUGAACACUCAAGAAGCCAAAUUUCAUGUUAGGCUUAUUCCAUCUAGAUGGUACUAAGAAAACAAGGAUGUAUCAAAUAAUCCAUUUAUUGUUGAUAAGUUUAAUAGUCCAUUUGCAACUAUAGAAAGUGGUGUAGUUGUUAAUAAUUAUUUAUGUGCCAUUGAUAAAGAAAAGCAAGACUCCCUUGAAUAGAGAAUGAACAUUCUUGACAAAAAAAUAAUGUAUGGUAAUCUUCAUAUAACAUAUAAGAAAACAUUACAAAAAGCUUUACAAAAGAAAUUUCAAUCAUUGCAACUAAUUGAAAUCCUUGAAAAUUUUACUAAUGAAGAUAGUAGUAAAAAUAAAGUUGAAUCAAAUAACGAAUCUAAAGAAGAAUUAGGUGAUGUAAAUGAUAGAAGUAAUGAAAAGGAGGGGAGUAGUAAAACAAAGCAAUGGCAUUGUAAAAAAUGUGGACAAUUGGGAUAUUAUCAAAAAAAUUGUAAUGCUUAG